AUGGAGAGCAUUUAUGAAAAAAUAAGAAAUAUAUUUCAAGAUUUAAACUCAGUAAAAAAUGAGUUGGAAGCUUUAAUAACAUAUAUAAAUAUAAAAGAAAAUGAAUACAAAAAAAUAUUAGUAAAUGAUUCCAUUUAUCAAAUUAAUGAUGAGAGAACAAAGGAUGAAGGAGAAAUAGUAAAUGUUGAUAUUUAUAGAAAAAAAUUGAUAAAGGAAAAUGCUUCAGAUAUUGCAGAAAGUGAAUUUGAAAAUUUUAAUAGUGAAAAUUGUGUUAACAUUACUAAAAUUAGUCAAUAAAAUAUAAAUGAACACAUUCAUGAAGCAAACAUGAUAUAAGGAAAAAUGUUUCAUGUUUCAUUAAAAAAUGAAAUUGAUAAAAUUCAAACAUUCAUUGAACAGAAGUUUAAAGAAGCUAUAAUAGAAAAGAAAAGUAUACGUAAUGCAUCAAAUGAAAUUAAAAGCAUGAAAAAAUUGUUAAUGAUAACAAAAAUAAGUAGUAUUAUAGGUAAUAUACGAAAUUACAUUGAAAAAGUUAAAGAAAAACUGACACAACAAUUUAACGAAUCAGAAAGAACAAAAAAGGAAAUAGAAAACGAUUUUAAAAAAGCACAGAAUUAAGAGAUUUACUUAUAAUUCAUGUGAAAACUUGAUGAAAAUAUAGAAAAAAUUAUAUUGAUAAAAGAACUCACCGCAACCAAUGCAAAAAGUAUGAACAUAUUUCUAGCAGAAGUUGAAAAUCGUAAAGAAUUUUCUACAUUAUAUCAUAAUGAUACAGUAAAGGGGAAAAAUAAAAUAGAAUAUUUAAAAAGUUAUGUUCAUGACAUUGAUAAAUUAAUAGCAGAUACAAUGAAAAAUGCAGACAAGCAUGUAAAUGAAUGUUGUUAUUGCUCAAAUAAAGCAGAUGAAUAUUACUACUGGAAAUUAUGA